CUCAGACGCAAACCCAGGCUAUCUCGCUCACUCGAUCUCCACACUUGAUAACUCCCAACGCUCCAUCCUCUUCUGCUCACGUCCUCACACUCACAGAGGGCAGCAGCAACCACCAUGCUUCCCCGCCUCUCCAAGCUCCCCCGCCCCGCGCUGGCUCGCAUCGCCCGCCGCGCCUACGUUGCGCCAGCGACUUCCAAGCCCGUCCUCGAGCUCGACGCCAAGAAGGUCGGCUCGGAGAUCCGCAAGCGCGGCCUCACCAAUGCCAUCUCCAACACGCGCGACGGCGGCAUGGACCGUGACACGAUCAUCCGCCUCCUCUACUCUCUCGGCUCGCGCCACGAGGUCGAGCGCUACCUCCGCAUCUUCACCCAGAGCUCCAAGGCCGGUGCUGGCGGCGUCCUCCCCGAGGCCAAGUUUGCCGUGCUCAAGGUCGGCGGCGCAAUCCUGACCAACGAGCUCGAGGACCUUGCCCUCUCCCUCUCCUUCCUCAACCGCCUCGGGCUGUACCCCGUUGUGCUGCACGGCGCUGGCCCGCAGCUCAACGAGAUCCUCGAGGCCGAGGGUGUCACCCCGGACUACGAGGAUGGCAUCCGUAUCACGGACGCCAAGACCCUCCAGGUCGCCCGCCGCGUCUUCCUCCAGGAGAACCUCAAGCUCACCUCGGCCCUUGAGCGCCUCGGCACACGCGCGCGCCCGAUUCCCACGGGCGUCUUCUACGCCGACUACCUUGACAAGGACAAGUACAAGCUGGUGGGCAAGAUCCAGAAGGUCGACAAGGCGCCCAUCGAGGCGGCUAUCCGUGCCGGCUGCCUUCCCAUCCUCACCUCGCUUGCCGAGACUGCCGAUGGCCAGAUGCUCAACGUCAACGCUGACGUUGCCGCCGGUGAGCUCGCCAAGGUCCUCGAGCCCAUGAAGAUUGUCUACCUCAACGAGAAGGGUGGUCUCUUCCACGGUGUCACCGGCAAGAAGAUCUCCGCCAUCAACCUUGACGAGGAGUACGAGGGUCUCAUGAAGGAGUCGUGGGUCAAGUUCGGCACCAAGCUCAAGAUUCGCGAGAUCAAGGAGCUCCUCGACACCCUUCCCCGCACCUCGUCGGUUGCUAUCAUUUCGACCGACAUGCUGCAGAAGGAGCUGUUCACCGACGCCGGUGCCGGCACUCUCAUCCGCCGUGGCUACAAGCUGUACAAGCAGCCCGCCGCCGAGGCCAUUGCGUCGACCAAGCUCCGUGAGAUCUUCACUGAACGCGACCCCGAGGUUGCCUCCGGCAGAAAGUCGGUCGCCGAGAUCUUCGGUGAGAUGAAGGCGACCCCUCACACCGUGUACGGCGACGAGCCGUUUGACGUCGUUGCCGUCGUCUCGCACCCUGAGGGUCAGACGCCCGUCAUGACCAAGUUCCUGCCCUCGCGCAACGGUGUGCUCAACAAGACGGUCGACAACGUCUUUGACUCGAUCAAGAAGGACCACAAGCGCCUCUUCUGGACCGCGCAGGCCGACGAUGAGAACCGCGCGUGGCACUUUGAGCGUGCCGACGGCUCGUUCACGCGCGCCGGCCGCUCGCUCUUCUGGUAUGGGGUUCCCGACGUCAAGCAGGUCGAGAAGAUCAUCGAGGGUUUUGAGAACUCUGGCCGUAUCGACCGCGUCUUCCUCCCCGUUGGCCCCAGCACGCCGCCUCACCGCCUCGCCGGUGCGGCGCCGGGCACCGCCCGCGCUUACUCGACCAGUGCCCGCCCGUCGCUCUCUGCGGCGGGCAACUAUUCAUUUCGCCGCGGUUACGCCACCGAGGUCCCGCGCAAGCGCGUCGCCCUGAUCGGCGCGCGCGGCUACACGGGCCAGAACCUGGUGUCGCUGAUCGACAACCACCCGGGUCUGGAGCUCACACACGUCUCGUCGCGUGAGCUCGCCGGUCUCCCGCUCCAGGGUUACAACAAGGCGAACGUGACGUACUCGAACCUCUCGGCCGAGGACGUCAAGAAGAUGGAGGAGAACGGCGAGGUUGACGCGUGGGUCAUGGCGCUGCCUAACGGCGUCUGCAAGCCCUUUGUUGAUGCGAUUGACGCCGCGCGCGCCAAGGGCUCGCAGGGCGUGAUUGUCGACCUGUCGGCCGACUACCGCUUCGAGAACGACUGGACAUACGGUCUUCCUGAGCUCUACGGCCGCGAAGAGACCAAGAAGUCGAAGCGUAUCUCGAACCCGGGGUGCUACGCGACGAACACGCAGCUGCUUCUCGCACCGCUCCUGCCGCACCUGGACCCUGCGCAGGCGCCCACGAUCUUCGGUAUCUCGGGCUACUCUGGUGCGGGCACCAAGUCGGGGCAGAAGGACGCCGAGGGCCGUCCGCAGACGGUGCCCAAGAUCUCCGAGGCGGACCUGACGGGCGGUGUGCGCCCCUACGCGCUGACGGACCACAUCCACGAGCGCGAAGCGGGCCGGCACCUGUCGACUCUUGGCCGCGAGCUCAGCGUGAACUUCAUCCCGACCGUUGCGCCGUGGUUCUCGGGCAUCGUGUCGGUGCUGAACGCGCCGCUGGCGCAGGAGAUGCGCGCGAGCGACAUCACGGCGCUGUACGAGGCGAAGUACGCGUCCGAGCCGCUCUUCCGCGUGCAGAAGGACGCGCCGGAUGUGCGCGACGUCGCGGGCAAGCACGGCUGGCGCGUCGGCGGCGUGCAGGUGCAUUCGUCGGGCAAGCGCGUCGUCGUCGUCGGUGCGCUCGACAACCUCCUCAAGGGGGCUGCAACGCAGUGUAUCCAGAACCUCAACCUUGCGUUGGGGUACGACGAGCUCGCGGGCGUGCCCAAGGAUGCGUACUAGGUGCUAGGCUGGCGAUCUGAGGAAUGUAUUGCAUGGCAUAGGCAGG